AUGCGGAAUACCCGUCGUCAGUUUAGUCCUGCCAUGCUUCUUCGGAGGGCAGCUCACAUCCGCCCACCACGCUCGCCGCCGCUGACAAUGGGCUCUGAAGAAAAGCCACGUCUGGCGCAGCGCAGCCUCGGCGUCACAAACCGCAUAUGGCUCAUCGUCGGGCUUAUCAUUGUCGUCCUCACCCUCACUCACUUCAUCUUGCCUUCGACUUCUUCACAAACCGCGCCUGUGCAGAAGAUCUUGAAGUCAAAGAACUACCUAAAUGCAUCGCAGAAUGACCCAAAUCCGUUUCCAUUUUGCCCGUUAUAUGGACCUGGAGACGAUAUAGGGAACAAGUAUGGGGCGCUAGCGUUGUCGCAGAGUCGAAUGCACCUGGGAAGUGGAGCGAGGAUUCAGAGAGUGCUGCAGAGGGCCUUGUCGGGGCAGCCUGUGACGAUCAGCGUGAUUGGUGGCUCGAUAUCAGCUUGCCAUGGCGCAGGCGACGACCCAAUAUCCCCCAAGUGUUACCCGACUAUUUUUUUCAACUGGUGGAACUCCAUAUUUCCUCACCCUGCUACCGAACUCACGAAUGGCGCCGUUCGACGCACCAAUUCCCACUACUUUGGUUAUUGCCAUUCACAGCAUAUCCCCGAUGUUACCGACCUCGUUAUCAUCGAACUUGACACCGAAGACACGCCUGACAGAGACUCAAUGGAGCAUUUCGAAGUUCUGGUUCGCAGCAUCCUCCUUCGCCCCGACCAGCCUGCUGUCGUGCUGCUCGGCCACUUUUCGCCCCAGGUACAAGUGCAAUACGGGUUCGCUGGGCCUGAUCACUGGCACGACGUGGUGGCGCAAUAUUAUGACGUUCCGCAUAUCAGCACAAAGCCCGCUCUUUACCCGUCAUAUCUGGCGUCGCCGUCGUCCAUCUCCAAGUUCUAUGCCGAUGCCGUCCUGGCUUCCCCGGCUGGGCACCAGGUACUUGCAGACGUCCUCAGCGCGUAUAUCCAAUCCCAAGUCUGCGCGGCAUGGGAUAUUGCCAUGGGACUCGCAUUUGACUCGUCUUCUGCGGAUGGCGUAUUCGACGCGGCUGUGGGCGCGGAAGGUGGCGUUGGCUCUCCCAAUGCGAACGGUAACGGUGGGGGGUUGUUUGGUGGUCUCGGUCAGAGAAAGGGUGUUCCUGAGCCAGAGAACCCGAACAAGAAGGCUGGGGAAGAAGUCGAUCCGUCUGACCCCGAUGCUCGAACAAAGCCUUCGCUGCCUUUGGGCAAUGCGGCUCUGCGGGUACCACAACUAAGGAUAAUCUCUCCCCCGCCUGGUGAGGGCAGCAGGCCAUUCGAGGAGAUUAGCCCGUUCUGCGUCAGCGCGAACGAUUUGGUCAAUCCAUUGCCACCAAGCUUGUUCUUUGGUAGCGGGUGGUUCGUUCACCAUCCUUCAACUGGCGAUGCCAAUAUCGCUUAUGCCGCGUCGCAUUACUAUUAUUCCACCCUCCCCACCUCCAAGAUCAGGAUUCCACUUCAAGUGGGCGCUGGAGACAUUGGCAUAUAUUAUGUUCGGGAGAAGGCUGGCAAACAAGGCUUCGAUGAAGGUAGCGCGGUCGAAUGUUGGGUCGACGACAACUAUGCAGGAGCCAAGACGCUAGAGAACGCGGGCGAGUCUGACGGCCUUGUGCUUGAGAUGAUCGACCACUACGUCUCUCGAGGCUCGCACUUUGUCGAGUGCCAGUUACUCGGUGAAGAGGGAGAAGGUGUUCCACCGUUCAAGAUCGUCGGUGUCUUCUCCACGUAG